ACAUCAGUAAAACUUGUGAUAGGGAAGUGUUCUUGCAGUUCCUCAAUGUGCUCUGAAAAUCAAUCACUUUUAUUCUUACUUCUUACCAGACAAGACUAUGGAGAGACAGCAAAAGGUUCCUCCUAGGUCUGCCUUCCAGAAGCCUCUGCUUCUGCUGGUGCUACUGAGUAACUCAUGCGGUUGCUCUGGCCUAAGCUGGUCUCUGAGAAAAUUACCCUGUAAGAUCUCAAUCAACCAAUCACAAGUCUUCGACUGCUCAAACAGAAAGAUAUCCAACAUACCUAAAGGAAUUGGCUGGAACGCCACGGACCUCACGCUCUCCGGAAACCUCAUCGAGAAGAUCUCCGCCGCCUCCUUUUGGAACCUUCGGAAUCUAGAAUUUCUAGAUCUAGGAUUCAACAGACCCAAAUCUCCCAAGCAACCACUGAAGAUAAAGAAAGACACAUUCUCAGGGAUGAGGAAGCUGAGAGAACUGCAUCUUAAUGGCAACAGCCUUGCCACCGUGCCAGGAGGCCUCCCCUCUGGACUGCAGUUCCUAAACCUAAACUCCAACCUCAUCACCAGGGUGAAACCAGGAGAUUUCAAAGAUACCCCAAACAUUACGGUCCUCCAUUUGGCUUCCAACUGCUACUUGGGGAGUUGUGGUACAAAGUCCCUGAAAAUAAAAAAUAAAUCCUUGGUUCAUUUAAGGUAUCUGAUGAACCUGACGCUGUCCUUCAACCGACUGAAGGCGAUUCCCCGGUUCCUCCCGCUCUCCCUCCUCUCACUUAAACUCAAGCUAAAUACGAUUGACCGUAUUCACGCUGGCGACCUGAGGAACCUGGUGAACCUGAAAUUACUGGAUCUGUCGGGUAACUGCCCUGUCUGCGCCAACACACCUUUCUUCUGCCAGCCGUGUAAAACACCCAACGGAGAACUGCAGAUCCACCCCAAUGCCUUUGCUCCUCUUACUCACCUGGAAGAGCUGAGGCUGUCGGGGAACUCUCUCCGAAGCGUACAGCCUUCCUGGUUUCAGAACCUAACCCAUCUACAGUACCUCUACCUCGCGUUCAACUUUCUGAUUGGUGACAUAGCCACGGGGUACUUCCUCGCCAUGUUACCACGAGUGGAGGUGAUGGACCUGUCGUACAACACGGACGAAUCGUAUUCCCACAAUUUACACCUAUCAAAGAACUUUUCCAAACUGACCUCUCUGAAGACGUUACAUUUGGAGAGCUACGUUUUUUUCCAUCUCUGUGAAAACGAUUUGGAGCCCCUCUACAGUUUAACCAAUUUGUCGGUGUUGAAUUUAGCCACUAACUUCCUCCAAAGGGCGAACCUCACUCUCUUCAACAAGUUCCACAAUUUAACCGUUGUAGACUUGUCGGAAAAUCGACUGUCCUUCCAGUCUCAGAGUGCCGAUACUUUGUCUGCGUGUGAGUCUGGCUGUAAAUCGAACUCUUGCACAGUAAGACGGCGGUUUCACCCUUACAUUCACAAAGACCAACUCUACCGCCGGCUCCCUCCCACCAUUAAACCAGAGUGCUCUGCAUAUGGGCCCGUGCUGGACUUAAGCAGAAACAACAUCAUAAGCAUCGACCCAGAAGUAUUACAGGGACUAGAAAACACAGCCUGUCUCAACCUCUCCUUUAACUUUAUCGGGGACAUGUUCAAUGGUAGUCAGUUCCUCCAUUUCCCAAGACUGAAGUACUUGGACAUCUCCUAUAACAAGCUGUACAUGCGCUACAGGGAUGCCUUUAGCGAACUUCCAGAGCUGGAAGUGCUGGAUCUGACUGGUAAUGCCCACUACUUUCUGAUGAGUGGUCUUAACCACAGCCUGAAUUUCCUGGACCUCCUGCCCUCUUUGAAAACCCUGAACCUGAGCUUGAACGAGAUCAGCACCCUCACAGACAAGCAAAUAUCCAGUAACUCUCUUCAGGAGCUCAACUUCAGAGCCAACCGAUUACACAUCAUGUGGAAAAGGAAGGACUAUUACAAUCUGUUUCAAAACUUAACCAACCUGACCACCUUGGAUUUGUCCCUCAACAAGCUUUCCCAUAUCCCUAAAAAGGUGUAUUACAACCUACCCAAGACUCUUAGACGGCUUAGUCUGAGUGGGAACGGUCUGAAGGCCUUCAAGUGGAACAUGGUCCAACAACAACCGUACUUAGAAGAACUGGACUUGAGUUUGAACUAUCUUGAGUUUGUUGCGGAGAACUUGUCCAACUCGUCUUUGAGGCGGCUGGAUUUGAGCCACAACCAGAUUUCACAGCUGGCCCCUGGUUUCCUUAAACAAGCCAGGAGCCUCUGGGAUCUUGAUCUGAGCAGCAACCUGCUUCAGCUCAUCAACCAGACUACAUUCGAGUGGGAUAGUGAGAACUACCUCGGCCGGCUAUCCCUGUACAACAACCCGUGGCGCUGCACCUGCGACCUGCUAUACUUCCACCUGUGGAUGAAGGACAACGACGUGGAGCUCCCUCUACUGGCCACCGGCGUGAUCUGCCACUUGCCCCAAGAGAUGAGGGGCAAGUCUGUGUUGACGUACGACAUACAGGCCUGUGUUAGCGAUGACAAAGCAAUGGCCAUCUUUAUCGUCACGUCUUUCCACAUCGUUCUGCUUCUGUUUGCGUCCGUCACGGCGCGUCUGUUCUACUGGGACCUCGCUUACGUACUGGAGUACGUUUUGGCCAAGCUCAAGCAUCGGCGCCCGCCAUCGACGGGCUACGCCUACGACGCCUUCGUCAUGUACGACACCAAAGACCCGCUGGCGUCCGACUGGGUCCUCAACCGCCUGAGGGUGGAGCUGGAGGAGCGAGGCGAGAGAGUCCGCCCCCUCUGCCUGGAGGAACGAGACUGGCAGCCGGGCGCGCCCGUCCUGGAGAACUUGUCGGCCAGCGUGCAGAAGAGCAGGAAGACCGUGUUGGUGAUCACGGAGGGCUUCCUCGCACACGGCGUCGUCCGGAUGGCCGCCCUCCUGGUGCAGCAGCGCCUGGUGGAGGAGGGAGUGGACGCCCUGGUGCUGGUGCUGCUGCAGCCCGGCGUCCUGCGGCGCUCCCGGAUCCUCCACCUCCGCAGGCGUUUGUGCCAGCGCAGCGUCCUGGAGUGGCCCAGGCCGGCGCACCCAGCAGCCCAGCGCUGGUUCUGGCACCGGCUGCGGAGGGUCAUUCACCAGGACCGCAGGGCCAAUCACGCUCAGCUGCACGGGACGUACUUCACAGGGCGGUGAUGUCACAAAGGCGAGAGGGCUGGAGAUGCGUCAGACUGUGAUUGCACCCACUAUGGGGGUUUCCCCACCACUGUCGUUCGAACAAUAUAACUAACAGGCCUUAAUAGUAAGUAAAUAAAUAAAUAAAAACAUUUGAUUGGUUUGGUAUUUAUACUGUGUGUGGGUCUACCGUUACAGACAUUCCUUCAUUUGCAAGCAUUAUUACAUUAAAAUUCAUAGAAUUAUUUCAAUGAUUUAUAUUACAAUAAAAACAUAGCAAAACAAUUGCACAGAAUGGUAAACUGAAAUGAUUGCACCCUUGAUGUUACUGUGCGAUUAUGUCCUGCGGUUUCAGAACCUCUACUUCCCAUGUUGUUCUGGGUGAUUAUUGAGACUUAAAACAUUUUCAUAUCAUCUUUAAGAUAAAAAAAUAUAUCUAAAUCAAAGUAUCAGUGUGAAACUGAAAGAGGAAGUAAACCAAAUUAUACCGACAACGCUUCCAGUAAAACCAUGACUUACCGACAUCUCAGCCAUGCAACAGACGUGUGAUACAUAUACAUGUAAACUUACCACAUCACACAAAUGCACUUACACACAGGUUCAGAUUCAUGCGAGUCACGUUGAAAGGACGGAACAUGCAUUCUCUCUGCAGGAUAAAAACGUGGCUUUAAACAGUGACAUCAAAAUCAGUGAUAUAUUGUGACCAUAUGGAUCCCAUAUCGAGUUGGGUAUAUGUGACGAAUAUAGGCUAUAAUGUUUGAUAUGAGAUUAGAUAAAUAAAAAAUAAGACUGUCUGGCGCCACCUGUUGGUCUGACUGAAA